GGGAAGCGGAUACAAGCCCUUUUGUCUCAUUAAACUGGCUGUUGGACCCAGGCCAGGCUGCGAUAGCGGCUUGUACACAUAGCUACAACUAACAAAGAUUGAUAAUAAAUGAUAAGGUAGCCUGAGCCUGAAGACAAAACGCUCUUAAGAUGUAGUUCCAUGCAUUCGUUGUGAUUGAUCCUGCUGAGUGUAGGCCGACUGGGACCGUGUCAUUGAUCAUACAGUAUGUCUACAUUUUCACACCUACGUUUUCCUAUGUAGCUGGCCCUGACACCAUACUCCUUUUUCUUGGCUUGGCGUUGUGAGUGUGUAUGCACUGGAGAUGAACAGUCGUAAACAAAUUGAUUUGAGUUAGUCAAAGUCAUUGUCAGCCUAAUGGGAUCAACAUAGAACAGGUUUAGCAAAGAGGACCUUAGCGUUUUAUUUGGUUGUUUUUGCGGUGCCGCCCUGUUUGGUUCUUUUGUGUGUGUUACUGCACUAUACUGUGAGAGAGCAAUGAAGAGGUAUCCAAAUAUCUUAAUUGUACUGUAAUACAAUCUAUUAUUCUUUAAAGAAUGGAUGUCCUUAUAAAGAGAUGAGUCCUUAUAGAGAGAUUUCAAUAUGACAUUCAUUUGAUAUUCUUUAGUUUAUAUUAUUAUUUUUUAUAUUUUGAAUAGGCUACAGAUGGGCCUUGCCACUGCGAAACCCGCGGGUGGUUUAGGAAGUGGGUGAUCAAAUGUUCUCUGAUUGGCUGAGACGCUCUUGGUAUGGUAAUUUGCUCACCUGGCUGGGAUCGACCACCUGGGCCCCGCCCCUUCAUUUAAAUAAGGGCAGGACAUGACAGCAGAGACAGGUGCUUAUUCGGAUCUCAAUGGACUACGCGACCUGAUGUCUACGUUUUAUCCGAUGUGGCGUUAACUUAAGUCAACUCUCCAUGGUUGAUGGUCUGAUUUGCACUUUGCGGUGAUAUUUAGACAAGAGGCCCCUGGAGCUCCGGGGCCUGCCCUAAUCGUUUUCUCUCUGUGCGAUGCCUAAGAGUGACACGUGGCCCGGCAGCGUUGCCCCAGAACCUUCCAGCAGUAAUAUGGACAGCGCUGGAAGCUGUGACAGCGUGAUCAGCACCAACUCUGGCUUUAGUGUGGACAGUCUGCAGCACCUGUCUGCCGCGGAGAGGGAGUGUCUUAUGUAUCUGGAGGAAACAAUUGACUCUCUGGACGUGGAUGAAGACAGUGGACUGUCCAAUGAUGAGCCAGAAACUUCCCAUCAGGCUGCAGCUAUAGCCGUCCACCCCUCAAAAGCUGCGGAUCAGAGCGGAGAAGACUCUGAAAGGGACCAGGGCAGACCUGUCCAUCAUGGGGUGCCCACAACCCUUCCCCUGGCCAACGGUUUUGGGAACCUCCCACAGAUGGCCCCGGCAGACGUCCAUGAACCUAAAACCCCUGAGGUGUCAAACAACUCCAACACUCCGUUGGAAACAGAAACAGGAGAAUUGGAAACAUCUAAGUUACACUGUGAGGUACAAGGAAUUGACUCCGCAACCGACUCAUUGGCUCCGCAAGCACAGAUGUUGGCUUCAGCGGCAGAUGGGGACUGUGACCUGUGUGCCCCCUCGGACACUAAGCUUGAGCCCAAUCAGUCCAGCCCUCAGCCUGAGACUGAGCUGAUUUUGAUCCCCCCUCCGUCUGACUUCAUGGAUGAACCAGGGCCUGAGCCACAAUCAAGGCCAGAGCCACAACCAGGGCCAGAGCCACAACCAGAGCCUGAACCACAAUCAGGGCCUGAGCCACAACCAGAGCCUGAACCACAAUCAGGGCCUGAGCCACAACCAGAGCCUGAACCACAAUCAGGGCCUGAACCACAACCAGAGCCUGAACCACAAUCAGGGCCUGAGCCACAACCAGAGGAGCGCCCGGAUCCUACCGUACCCGUGGAGACGCCUGUCAGAAGACAGCACGUCGAUGUGGAGGAGCUCCGUAAGAGAGCCUCCAGCAAGAGAGCUCCUGUGAGCUCCGAUGUCGUCCAUCCACCGGUCCCCCACCUGGCUGUGGCAGAAGUGCCUGAGACUCCCAGUGCACCCCACUCCCAGACAGUUACCACAGCCAACCUUCUCCCUGAACAUCUUGAGCCCAAGAGCCCACCUGCUGUGGCCCCAAAGCCCAAGAAACUUCCCUCAAACAUCAUCUUCAAGUCCCAGAAGCCUUUGGCCGAUAGUAACUUCUCCCCACCUGCCAGUGACAGGAUGCUGUCGGAAGGCCAGAAGAUCCGCAUGGAAGCGCUCAGAAAGCUUGGUCUCCUCAAAGCCGAAGACGCAGACUUAGAUCCACGCCUGAGUCUGCCUACUAGUUCCCACUCCAGGAGGUCUUGGGCUGCCCCCUUGUCUCCAGCAGCUCGGCAAACUCCCCCAUCACCUUCGAUUCGAACGCCAUCGCCUACCGUUUCCACCGUCCCAGUGCCCCCUCCCUGGGCCGAGGUUUCCACACAGGCCAACGCGGCUUUGACGCCGGCAGCUCUGGCCAAAGAUAUUCUCCCAGUGCCUUCUGCUUUCAGUGACACCGGUGAACCACCGUCCCUAUAUCACAGCCAGGAAGCAUCUCCCGCUAAGAUCAUUAUCUCAGCGCCCACCGUUAACACCGGUGUCAAAUCUGCCACCCUUGCACACUCGGGAACAGGCUUGAGUAGCCUCAAGCCAAGCCUCGGCGAGCUGCGUAACGGCCGCCCGCGCCCCGCCUCUCUGGGCUCCGGGAAGGACUUUUCACAUGUCAAGGUGGAGGCGUUAGCGCCCAACGCUAAGGAUGCUAGCACCAGGAGGUCCACCCCGGUCGCCCCUGUCUCGCAGAACGCUGGAGAGUCCACGGGAGUGCCUCGCUACCACGGGGUCAGCGUGGUCAUCUGCCCCCGCGCGGAAAACGACGAGGGCCGACGCCAUGCCCUCAAGAAGCUUGGUCUACUGAAGGACUAGCCGCCGCCUGGACCCAUUUUACCGUCUGUUGUUCUGGGCUCUCUGCCCCCUUCGAAGGACCUCAGAUGGUGAUUGGCUAAGUGAGCAAAGCAGAUGUACAGUCUCUGCUGUGUCGUGUAACUUUAUUGUUGUGUUAAAUGGUCUUUUCAAGUGUAACCGUACUAUCAUGGUUAUUUGAUUUCUCUUGUUUUAUUUUUCUUAGAAUAUAAGCAAGGGCAUUUUUUUUACAUUUUUAUCAAUUCAUAUGCAUCCAACUUCUUCUGGAGCUCGGUGACUAUAUAUAUAUAUAUAUAUAUACGAGUAUAUGUAUAUAUGUAUACAUAGAUAUAUAUAUAGACACACAGCUCCAGAAGAAAUGGCUUAUACAGUAGUAGCUUGGUGGCUUAUACCAGAUAUAAGCUACUAUAUAUAUAUAGUAGUAGCUUAUAUCUGGUCAAAUGCAACUUUGUUUUUUUUGUUAUUUAUCAUGUCAAUGCCCUUUGUGCUUCUUUCAUAAAUGCUUGCCUACAACCUUCUUCUGAUUUUGGUUUGUAAAAUAAGUGGGUAUGCAUGACUUUUAUGAUGCAUUGUAAGAUAAGGGGACAAUCAACACUCACUUGAAAGUCACUUGAUAAAGCAUGAGCUAAAUGUAAAUGUAACUGCAGUAAAUGUAAGCUAGACGAUGAAUGUUGGAUAUGAAGGGACGCAAUGAAGGAUUUCAGACACUGAUUUCUUAUUUAUAUUGAAAAGUAAUGCAUUGCACUUAAAAUAUUAAUAAAAUGCUAUAAAGUUUUUAAACAUAUAA